AUGGGGGGUUUGCAGUGUCUGAGGAGUGUGGGAGAUGUAAAGUUAUUUACAAGCAACUUAAAGCCUUGUGGUUCCAUCUCAGAAAUAUACCAGCAUAAGUUUGGGGAUCCAUCAGGAAUUUGUGCAGACCCAGAAGGGAACAUAUUAGUGGCCGAUGUCCAGAAAAGGAAUGUCACUCUCUUUCCAGUUAGUGGGUCCCCCAUUUGUAUUGUCUCCAAGGAUCUUUGCAAGCCAUCAGGCCUAUCAUGCUCUCCAUUUGGCCUCCUGUAUGUGGCAGAUUCUGGGGACAAUUCUGUUAAGGUGUACAAGUACCGUGCAAAGCCAUACUAUGCUCCUAUCAGCCCUAGAAAAUCUGGAGAUGCUCAAUCUCUGACCCCAAGGGCUUAA